AUGGAGGGGUUCGGGGGAGCCCCCAGGUUCCUGGCCUAUCCACGCGCCUUCACGGUCCAAAGCGGCACCGAUGCGGUCCUGAGCUGCCAGAUCAUGGGUGAUCCCCAGCCAAGCAUCCUCUGGGAAAAGGACAAGAACACCAUCGAGCCCUCGGGCCGUUUUCACAUGGAGUCCAAAGGGGACCUGUACAGCCUGCUGGUGUCCUGUGCCACCCCCAAGGACAGUGGACUCUACGUCUGCAGGGCCAAGAAUAGCGUUGGCGAGACUUACGCUGCCACCAUGCUCAGGGUGGAGCCAGCGGAGCGGCGAGAGGAGGAGGGAUGCUCAGGCAGUGUCGCACCUGCCUUCCUCAUUGCCCCCUCGUCCCUGCGGGUGUGCCGGGGGGAGGAUGUGAUGUUCACCUGCAGGGUGUCUGGGCAGCCCUGCCCUGUGCUGGAGUGGGAGAAGGACGGGCACAAGCUCUCCGAACUCUUUGAGAGCAGCCAUUUUGCAGUGGGGCAGAAACCAGAGGACUGGCACUUCCUGAAGCUGUUCGGUGCCCGGCCCCAGGAUGGAGGAGUGUACGUCUGCCGGGCACGCAGCGGCUCCCAGGAGGCCCUGGCUGCUGCCGUGCUCCUGGUUGAGCCCCGGGCGCUGCCGGACGGGCUCCCCAAUGGCUGCCCCCCGGCCGAUGGUGCCGAGGCUCUGGCGGAGCGGCAGCGGUGGCGGCGCCACGCAGCGGCACGGCGCCUGGCACCGGACACCUGGGUGCCCAAUGGAGUAGUGCCAGCCAGGGUGCCAGGGGCCAAGGCAUUUGCCGUGAGCGCAGGGAAGCACGCCAAGUUUCGCUGUUACGUUACUGGCAAGCCCAAGCCAGAGAUCAUCUGGCAGAAAGAUGGUGAGCCCCUUGCCCCCGGCCGCAGGCAUCUCAUCUACGAGGACCGGGAGGGCUACUUCAUCCUCAAGGUGCUGUACUGCAAACCUCAGGACCAGGGGCUGUACAUGUGCACCGCUUCCAACACUGCUGGCCAGACCCUGAGCGCAGUGCAGCUCCAGGUGAAAGAGCACCGGCUGCGGUUCCAGGUGCAGCUGGCAGACGUGGAGGUCGCAGAGCGGGAGGAUGCAGUGCUGGAGUGCCAGGUGCCCUUGGAGACCAUCCCCACCUCCUGGUACCUGGAGGACAGGGAGCUGCAGCCCAGCCACAAGUACGUGAUGGAGGAGCAGGGGGUGGUGCGGCGCCUGACCAUCCGCGAUGCCCGCAUCGACGACGACGGCAUCUACCUCUGCCAGAUGAAGGACAAAGGACGCAGCAUCGCCGAGGUCUCUGUCCGAGGGGUGAUUGCGAAGCGGCUGCCACGGAAGCUGGAUGUGAUGGAGGGGGAGAAUGCAGUUUUCUGUGUGGAGACACGGGAUGUGGUGGAGGGCAGCUGCUGGAGCCGGGACGGGCUGCAGCUGCGGGAGUCACCCCGUACCGUGCUCAAGAGCUUCGGCAGGACACACCUCCUGGUGCUGGUGCAUGUCACCCGCCAGGACGCGGGCAUCAUCUCCUUCACUGUCGGGGAGUCGCAGACAUCCUCCCAGCUCCGAAUCAAGUGUGUGAAGCACGACCCUCCGAGCGCACCGGUGGCAGCUGAGAUGAGCGUGGUGGAGACCAACACGGCUCUGCUGACUUGGUGUCCCGCGCCCGAUUCCCACCUCCGCCCCGCCAGCCACUACCUGCUGGAGCGGCGGGAGGCGGCGGGAGGGGAGUGGGUGCAGUGCCUUGCCACCGACCUGCCCAGCAGCGUGCGGGUGCUGGGCGACAGCGCGCCCCGCGAGGCCGACUACUGCUUCCGCAUCUCUGCCGCCAACAAGCACGGCAGGAGCAGCCCCGUGGAGUUCCCGGGAUCCGUGCAUCUUGCCCCAGCAGCUCGUGUGGACAGGGGUCUGCAGGACGCGUGGGUGAGGGACGGUGAGGAUGCGCAGUUCUCCCUGGAGCUGUCGGCUGUGGUGCAUGGGUCCUGGUUCCUCAACGGUGCCAGGCUGCCUGAGGAGGAGGACACGGGCGGCCGGUGGAGUGUACAGCGCCAUGGGAUGGAGCACUCGCUGCUGAUCCGAGGAGCACGGCUGGUUGACAGUGGGGCCCAGGUCACCUUUGUGUCCGGUGGUGUGCGGGACUCGGCUAUCCUGCAUGUGCAAGCCCCACAGGUCCGCAUCGCCCCAGUGUCUGAGGCUGAACGGCUCCGAAAAGUGCCAGCAGGAAUGCCUGUGCUGCUGGAAUGCCAGGUGUCCACCCCGGAUGCCCCUGUCUGCUGGCUGAAGGAUGGCAAGGCCGUGCCCCUGGAUGACGUUAUGGCAGUGCAGGCAGAAGGCUGCGUGCGGAGGCUGCUGCUCCGCUCAGCGUGUCCCUCAGACACUGGGGUGUACACCUGUGACACUGGGGAUGAUGCCGUGAGCUUCGUGGUAACCGUGACCGAGGUGCCGGUCAGGAUCAUCAGCUCCAACGAGGAAGCUCCCCACACCUACAUGGCCGGACAGCGUGUGGAGCUGUGGUGCCAGCUGUCCCGCCCAGCAGCCCCCGUGCGCUGGUACAAGGAUGGAGAGGAGGUGGAGGUGGGCCAGAGCCUGGUGCUGGAGCAGGAGGGGCCACGGUGCAAGCUGGUGCUGCCCUGCGCUCAGACACAGGACACAGGGGAGUUCGUCUGUGAUGCUGGGGGGGACUCUGCCUUCUACACCAUCACUGUGGCAGAGGAGCCGGUGAGGAUUGUCAGCUCCAACGAGGGGGCCUCCCACGCCUACGUGGCCGGACAGCGUGUGGAGCUGUGGUGCCAGCUGUCCCGCCCGGCAGCCCCCGUGCACUGGUACAAGGACGGGGAGGAGGUGGAGGCAGGUGAGAGCCUGGUGCUGGAGCAGGAGGGGCUGCAGUGCCGCCUGGUGCUGCCCUGCGCCCGGCCACAGGACACAGGGGAGUUCGUCUGUGACGCUGGUGGGGACUCUGUCUUCUACACAGUCACCGUGGCAGAUGCCCCUGUCCACUGGCUGAAGGACAGGGAGGCCAUGGUCCCCAUGCAGGUCCUGGCCAUCUGCUCAGAGGGACGCUCACAGAGGCUGCAAAUUGCUGCAGCUGCACUGCCUGACUCAGGGUACCUGUGCCAUGCUGGGGACAAUGCUGCCAGCUUUGGGGUGACCGUGACAGAGGUACCAGUGAGGAUUGUCAGUUCCAACAAGGAGGCUUCUCACUCCUACGUGGUCGGGCAGCGUGUGGAGCUGUGGUGCCAGCUGUCCCGCCCAGUGUCCCCGGUGCACUGGUACAAGGAUGGCAAAGAAGUGGAGGUGGGCGAGAGCCUGGUGCUGGAGCAGGAAGGGCUGCAGUGCCGCCUGGUGCUGCCCUGUGCCCGGAUACAAGACACAGGGGAGUUCCUCUGCAAUGCCAGCGAUGCAUCUGUCUCCUACUCCAUCUUGGUGGCAGAGCCACCAGUGAGGAUCCUGCAGCCUCCACAGCGCUCCCUGGAGCUGCUGGUUCAGGCGCCGGGGUGUGUGGAACUGCGGUGCGAGCUCUCCGUGCCGGAUGCUCCGGUGCACUGGUUCAAGGACGGCUUGGAGGUGGACGAGACUGACAACCUGCAGCUGCUGGUGGAAGGGGCCUGGCGCUGCCUCUUCAUCCCCAGGAGCAGUGCAGAGGAUGCAGGCGAGUACAUCUGCGAGACCAAGGACGAGGCCGUCUCCUUCGAUGUCAAGGUGUCAGAGCCCCCGGUGAGGAUCCUGCAGCCCUGCAGACCUGUCCCUGUCAUGACGGUGUCCCCGGGGGAGACGGUGACACUGUGCUGUGAGCUGUCCCAUGCGGAUACACCUGUGUGCUGGGCAAAGGAGGGUGUCAGGCUCGAGGCUGGGGGCGGCCUGGUCCUGGAGGAGGAGGGUGUCCAUCGCCGGCUGCUCAUCCCCGCUGCCCAAGCUGAGCACUCUGGAAAAUACACCUGUGACACCGCCAAUGACACAGUGACUUUCACCAUCCAAGUGUUGGAUCCGCUGGUCAGGAUCCUGGAGAAGGAUGUCCUGCCUACCCACCGGCGUUGCCAGGCCAUGGAGGACCUGGUGCUGGAGGUGCAGCUCUCACACACCCACGGGGAGGUGAAGUGGUACAAGGACGGGGAGAAGCUGCAGGACACGGGGCGUGUGCGGCUGGAGGAGGACGGGGUGCGCCGAUCCCUCGUGAUCCUGGGUGCUGCGGGCAAGGAUGCUGGGGAGUAUCUCUGUGACACUGGUGAUGACAGCAUCGUCUUCUUCAUCACUGUAGAAGUCCCCAGGGUGGUGGAGAUCAUCAUGGAGCUGCAGAACCUGACAGUGCUGGAGGGUGAGGAUGCCACCUUCAAGUGUCUGGUAUCCCCCGAAGAUGUGGCUGUGACAUGGCAGCUGAAUGGCCAGCCCGUGGUCCCCAGUGAGCGUCUGCUGGUGACAAGGAGCGGGCUGUGCCACAGCCUCACCCUCCGGCAGUGCCAGACAGGUGAUGCAGGCACUGUGACAGCCAAUGCCGAGGGGCUGGUGAGCACAGCUCGGCUGAGUGUGCAAGAGGCACAGGUGCUGUUUGUGCGGAAGCUGCAGGAUGUGGUGGCAGAGGAGCAGGGGGACGUGUGCCUGGAGGUGGAGGUGAGCCACGAGGCUGCCGAGGUGCAGUGGCUGAAGCAGGGCAUCCUCCUUCAGCCGGGCAGCAAGUACCAGCUGCAGGAGUCGGGAUGCCGGCGCACCCUCACCAUCUGCUGCCUUGGCCCUGCUGACCGCGGCACCUACCGCUGCGAGAGCCUGCACGACCGCACGCAGGCCAAGCUCCACGUGGAGCCCCGGAAGGUGUCGAUCCGGACACCGCUGACAGAUGUGGAGACCUUUGAGAAGGAGACAGCCACCUUUCACCUGGAACUGUCUCACCCUGGCGUGGCCGGGGUGUGGACACGGGACGGCAUCCGGGUGAAGCCCAGCAGUACGUGCCGGAUCAGUGCCACAGGCUGUGGGCACAGCCUGACACUGGAGAGGCUCGCACUGGAAGACUCAGGCACCGUCACCUUCACUGCUGACACUCUGCGCUGCAGUGCCCACCUGCGUGUGCGGGAGCCUCCAGUCACCAUGGUGAGGGUCCCACGAGACCUGGGGGUCCCAGAGACGGGGGUCGCCAGCUUUGAGUGUGAGCUGUCUCGCCCCAAUGCAGAGGUGAAAUGGUUCAAGGACGGGCAGGAGCUGCGGCCAGGGCCCAACUGCCGCAUCUACUCGGCAGGACGGCGCCGCAUCCUGCAGCUGAGCCGCUGCGAGCUGAGCGACGCCGGCAGCUACACCUGCGAUGUGGGUGACUGCCAGGCCUCCGCCACGCUGCACGUACAGGAGCGCCAGGUCCACAUUGUGCAGGAGCUGCAGGACGUCCAGGUCCGGGAAGGUGACAAUGCAGUCUUCACCUGCGAGGUGUCACACGGGGAUGUGAAGGGCGAAUGGUUUCGGGAUGGGGAGAAGAUCAAGGUCUCCAGCACAGUGAAGAUACGGCAAGAAGGGACCCGGCAUUUCCUGCUGUUCUGUGGUGUGCGCCCUGAGGACCAGGGACUCAUCCGCUUCACAGCCAGGACAGUCACCUCGGAGGCCAGUCUGCAGGUGGAAGCACUGCCAAUCCGGAUUGUGAAGCCACUGAGGGACAAGACGGUGCUGGCGAGGCACAAGGCAACACUGGAGUGCACCGUGUCCCACGCCCGGGGCCGCGUGCGCUGGCUCCGUGGGGACACCGAGAUCUUUGCCGGUGACAAGUAUGAGAUCUGCAACCUGGACUGCUACCGCACACUCAUCAUUCACCGUGUGGGCCCUGAGGACGAGGACUCGUACACCUGCGAUGCCUUCGACGACCGCUCCACUGCCCGGCUCCUUGUGGAGGGUGAGUGGGCACCUAAGGGACACCCACUGACAGCUGCCAGUGCUGCUGUGCCUUGCAGUAAAGGGACACCAGAACCUGUGCCCCUGUCCCCCAUUGCUUGCGAGAGUCUGAGUGCUGGGCUGGAGGCAGCAGGUUGAUACAGGGCCAGGGGUCUGAUCCUCCUUGUCUGGGAUACAACUUUUGGGUGGCACAGCUGCUUUGGCAAUGCCCCAGCUCACUCUGACUCCCAUUGUUCCUACAGGGAGCUAGAAGCCCGGAUGCGGUUCUCAGGGCCUGUACGCAGACUGACAGAUGCCACUGCUGAGAGAUGGGGUCAUGCUCCCCCUGGCAUACACAGACACAUGGACACCAUCCCCAGCCUGCUUCAGCCUCAGGGCUCUGCAUUAAACAGCCUUUUUUUUCUGACAUGGCUUCUUCCACACCAGCAAGCUGGGGUCUCAUUAAGAGAAAAGGUGGUGGCACCACUCUACAUCCUGCUCAGCACCCCUGGAAGCCCGGCCCUC